GUGCCAUUACGGCUGCGCGUCACGCUGAGGAUUGUGGGAGUCGGGGGCCUACGUGUGGCUCGGAGAAGUCUCGGAAUUGUGUUUGGUUUCUUCAAGCAUUUGCCCAGUCAGACAUUUAAAAAUGGCAUCCAAACAAGAAAUAAUGAGUGACCAGCGGUUUAGGCGGGUUGCAAAGGACCCGAGAUUUUGGGAAAUGCCAGAAAAGGAUCAAAAAAUCAAAAUUGACAAGAGAUUUCGAGCAAUGUUUCAUGACAAAAAGUUCAAAUUGAAUUAUGCUGUGGAUAAAAGAGGACGCCCCAUCAACCAUAGCACUACAGAGGACUUGAAGCGUUUUUACGACCUUUCAGAUUCUGAUUCGGAUCUCUCUGAUGAAGAUAAUAAAGCUUUGAACCAAAAGAAAAUGAAGAAGAAAAAACCCCAGACUAAAAACGAAAAAGAAUCAAAAAAUCUUGUUGAGGAGAAAAAGAAAGAAACCAAGAAAAUUAAUCAAAAGGAUUCUGGAAAUAAGAAUGAUUUAGAUAACUCCGAGAGAAUUCAGAAAAUGAAAACCUCGUGCAAAUCUAAGAAGAUAGAGUCAACAAGUCCCAAGAGCGAUAGCAAAGAAUUUAUACAAAAAAGUACAAAAGGGAAAAAAACCAUUGUUCAACAUAAUACGGACUUGUUUCCCAAAGGAAAAUUAAGAACAGUAGACUCAGGCACCUCUGAAAUUGCACAGUCUCCCAAAGUCAAGUAUUCUGAGACAGGAAGAGAAAUGCAAUCAGUGAUUCCAUUCAUAAUGGCAAGAGACAGUGAUGGUCAUGAAAACUCAGCAAGUGGUAAAAUGUUUGACAAAGAAGCUCUGGAGGAAGAUUCAGAAAGUGCUAGUGAAAUAGGAGGUGAUGAAGAAUCUGAAGAUGAAUUUACAGGCAUUUGUAGAGCUGUUGCUGCUGAUCUUCAUGAUGAUGAUGAUGAUGGAGGGAAUGAAAAUGAUGAGGAGGAAGAUGAAGAUGAGGAUAGUGAGGAUGAUGAUGAAAGUGACAGUGGCCCCGAUCUUGCGAGGGGCAAAGGAAAUAUAGAAAGUAGUUCUGAAGAUGAAGAAGAUAUGGCAUAUUUACUUCCAGAGGAAUCUGGUUUUGAGCAUGCUUGGAGAGAAUUAGAUAAAGAUGCUCCUCGGGCUGAUGAGAUUACGCAUCGAUUAGCAGUUUGCAACAUGGACUGGGAUAGAUUGAAGGCAAAAGAUUUGCUGGCUUUGUUCAAUUCAUUUAAACCUAAAGGAGGUGUUAUAUUUUCUGUAAAGAUAUAUGCUUCAGAAUUUGGAAAGGAGAGGAUGAAGGAAGAGCAAGUUCAAGGACCAGUAGAGUUAUUAAGCAUUCCUGAAGAUGCCCCUGAAAAGGACUGGACCUGUAGAGAAAAACUGAGAGAUUAUCAAUUCAAACGACUGAAGUACUAUUAUGCGGUAGUAGACUGUGAUUCUCUUGAAACAGCCGCUAAAAUUUAUGAGGAUUGUGAUGGCCUGGAAUUCGAAAGUAGUUGCUCGUUCAUAGAUCUCAGGUUUAUACCAGAUGAUAUUACUUUUGAUGAUGAGCCCAAGGAUGUAGCCUCAGAAGUGGAUUUAACAGCAUAUAAGCCAAGAUAUUUCACAUCUGCUGCAAUGGGAACAUCAACGGUGGAGAUCACUUGGGAUGAGACAGAUCAUGAAAGAAUUACAACACUCAACAGGAAGUUUAAAAAGGAAGAGCUUUUGGACAUGGAUUUUCAAGCCUACUUAGCUUCCUCUAGUGAAGAUGAAGAAGAGAUAGAAGAGGAGCUACAAGGUGAUGAUGGAGUCAGUGUAGAAGAAGGUGGGAAAACAAAAAGAAGCCAGAAGGAUGAUGAAGAACAAAUUGCUAAAUAUAGGCAGCUCUUGCAAGUUAUUCAAGAAAAAGAAAAGAAAGGCAAAGAAAAUGAUAUGGAAAUGGAAAUUAAGUGGGUUCCAGGCCUUAAAGAAAGUGCAGAAGAGAUGGUCAAAAACAAAUUGGAAGGAAAGGAUAAACUGACCCCAUGGGAACAAUUUUUAGAGAAGAAGAAAGAGAAAAAAAGACUGAAAAAGAAACAAAAGGCUCUUGCUGAAGAGGCCAGUGAAGAUGAAGUUCCCUCUGAUGUUGAUAUGAAUGACCCAUACUUUGCCGAAGAAGCUAAAAAAAUAGGUAUAAAAGAAAAGAAGAAAUCAACAAAAUCUGCAAAAGAUGGCACAUCUCCAGAGGAACAAGCUGAACUAGAAAGACAAAAGGCUGAAAUGGCUUUGCUCGUAAUGGAUGAGGAGGAAGAGAGCAAGAAACACUUCAAUUAUAACAAGAUUGUGGAGCACCAGAAUCUGAGCAAAAAGAAGAAAAAGCAGCUUAUGAAGAAGAAGGAAUUAUUGGAGGAUGACUUUGAGGUCAAUGUUAAGGAUGCACGGUUUCAGGCAAUGUAUACUUCCCACUUGUUCAAUUUGGAUCCUUCAGAUCCUAAUUUCAAGAAAACAAAAGCUAUGGAAAAAAUCCUUGAGGAGAAAGCCCGUCAGAGAGAACAAAAAGAACAAGAACUUACUCAGGCAAUAAAGAAAAAAGAGAGUGAAAUUCAGAAGGAAUCACACAAGAGAUCCAUUGAUCCUGCCUUGUCAAUGUUGAUUAAAUCUGUAAAAAACAAAACAGAGCAGUUUCAAGCAAGAAAAAAGCAAAAAGUCAAAUAGGUGUAUGUUGUUUCUUUUUGGUUUGAGAAUGUAUAAAGUAUACAGAAGUGAUGGAAGGAAUACUUAUUGGGAACAGUGCUAUACCUUUCAAGAAUAUGAAUAAAAACUGUUGUAAAAUUUAUUUUCUGUAUAUAACAGUUAGACCAAAUUGUGUAUGAUUGAUAGAUUUGUACUGUGUAUUUCCACAGAUUAAUCCAGGUUAUAGGAUGUAUAAAAUUUUUAUAUUUAUUACUCUGCUAGCUUUUUUUAAAGACUGUUUAUAAUUCUAUGUAAAAAAUAGAGGAGUGCCCAAGUCUUAAGUCUAAAUAAGAGUUAGGAACAACUUGAAAAUAUGUAUAUGCAAUACAUUAAUUUAUCUGGAAGCAGGAGGCAGAUUUAGAUACUUGUUUAAAUAAUUUAUAUUUCUAGCCAUAAUGAAUAGAAGCCAAUAACUUUCUUUGUUGUUUGGUCAUGUUUAUUAUAGUUUAUUAAUUUGUAAAUAAAAAUUUUUACUAUUUUGUAUA